GCCUCCUUCCGGGUGCGCUCCGUCGGCUCCGCUCAGUCAAAUUCCUUCACUCUCUCUCUCUCUCUCUUCACUCGACUCGAGUAAACGGUGAACUGCACCCCGAGCGGACCACAAGGCAACGGACACGGGAGCGGCUCAAUGAAGUCCCCCGAGACCCAAUUUCACUCUUCAUUUGCCGGUUUCAUCGACUAAUUAAAGAGGCGGUUGCUAAGAGAUGACAAUCUGUGACACCAGUGAAAGCCUCUGAUGUACGGCAGCCUGAAGCGCGACUUCUCCGGGAUCUUUUUUCCCUCCGCACCCCCCGUCUGUCUGCGCCUGGCUCAUGUGAAGUGAUUUGGCAGACGCUCUCACAUCAACAGACUCGGCGAACACCAUGGCUGCUUUCACCGAUCCUGGUGCCACCACCAACACCACUACCGCCACUGCGGCCAGGACUGCGUGGCAAAGAAAAAGAGGCCGCGAAGGAGAGGGGCAAUGUGGGAAUGCCGCCAUGGGACAAAACACCAUCCUGGAGAAGAAAACCCAUGAGUUCUUCCAGAUGUGUGACACCGAGAACAAGGGUUUCAUCGCCCGACGGGAAAUGCAGAGGCUGAACGGCAAGCUCCCGCUCAGUGCAGAGGAGUUGGAGAACGUUUUCGACACCCUCGACUCCGACAGCAACGGAUACCUCACCCUCGACGAGUUCUCCUCGGGCUUUAGUGAGUUUUUAUUUGGCCAGAAGGUUUCUGUAGAGGGAGACAUGGGGGACAAAACCCCCAGUAAGAGUCCGCCAGAGGUCCUGUACCAGACCCACUGGGAGGAGAGCCUGGGAAGAGGAGACGAGGACGAAGAGGAGAAACACUUCUGCAUGCUAAUGGAGAGCCUCGGAGCCAACAGUGUGUUUGAAGAUCCUGCUGAGGUGCGCGGUUUGUGGACCCAGCUGCGCCGGGACGAGCCACAUCUUUUAUCCAAUUUCGAGGACUUUUUGGCCAGAGUGACAUCCCAGAUCAAAGAGGCCGACCAGGAGAAGAGGGAGAUGGAGAGCGCUCUCCAAAGAAAAGCAGCAACACAUGAUGACGAGAUCCAGCACCUGUAUGAAGAAAUGGAGCAGCAAAUCAAAAAUGAAAAAGACAGGAUUGUGCUGCAGGACUAUGAGCGGUUUCUGUCUCUGAGUCAAAACCUGGAGCUGCAGCUGUCGAGUAAAGAGAAGGAGCUGGAACAACUCUUCCAGAAACAGAGAAGGUUGGAGGCUCAGUGCCAGGACCUGCACAGCGAACAGCACGUGACCAAGGUGGAGAACGUGAAGCUGAAGCAGACGAACGACGACUUGGCGCGGGAGCUUGAACAAAGCAGCCAGGAGCUGAGCUUGGCGCAGGAGCAGCUGACUUUGCUGCAGGAACAGUCGUCACGGCUCCACGAGGAGAAAGAGAUGGAAAUUUACCGAUUGACCGAGGGGCUGCAGCGAGAGCGAGCGGGCCUCCUCAAACAGCUGGACCUGUUGAGGGAAAUGAACAAACAUUUGCGAGAUGAGAGGGACAUGUGCUAUCAGAAUCCAAAGAAUCAUGAGACAGCACCAGGUUUGAAGCAGAGGCCUUUGAUCGGUGUUUUGAAACAAACAAACUCAAAUGUCUUCAAAAGCAGCGGGGACGAGGAGGAGCUGACCUCCAGCUCGGUGAGGCAGAGCCUUGCCAACGGGUCGUACCAGCCAUCCUGCCCAGCUGAGAGAAGAGGACACCUCCAGAGGAUCAUCUCCAUCGAAGAGGACCACCUCCCACACUUGCUCCAGAAUGACUAUCGAGCUCAAACCCCUCUACGGGAAUGCAGCGAAGGAGAGGAGGAGGAAGAAGCCUUUGACGAUGAAGAGAAUAUAGACUUGGUGAUGAGCGAUAUUUACCCGCAUGCGUCUACUGUUCAGCAGCACUCAGAGGAAAAUGCAGCGCAAAGAGAAACCCCCAAUUCUCCGAGGGUUCAACCUGUUGGCAAGGAGACCAGCAUAAAUGAGGAGGGCGGCCCCUCGCCUCCUGACCGCCUCUUCAAGAUCGUUCUAGUGGGGAACUCAAGCGUGGGCAAGACCUCCCUGCUUCGCCGGUUUUGCGACGACAGUUUCCACCCUGGCACUUCUGCCACCGUGGGUAUAGACUACAGUGUGAAGACAAUAACAGUGGACAGCAGCCAGGUGGCGCUGCAGCUUUGGGAUACAGCAGGACAGGAAAGGUAUCGAAGCAUCACCAAACAGUUCUUCCGCAAGGCCGACGGCGUGGUGGUGAUGUACGACAUCACUGACAAGCAGAGCUUCACGGCGGUCAGACAGUGGCUGACGAGUGUUAAGGAAGGUGCAGGCGAGGACAUUCCCAUUAUGCUUUUGGGAAACAAAACAGACAAGGAGAUUGAGCGACAAGUUCAGAAAGGAGUGGGCGAAAGACUAGCCAAGGACUGCCAGAUGACUUUGUACGAGUGCAGCGCCUGCUCCGGACAGAACGUGUUGGAGUCCAUGGUUCAUUUAGCCCGAAUCCUCAAGGAACAAGAGGACCGAGAGAAGGAGAAGACUGUCCAGCUGCUGAGCAGCCCUUCAGAAAAGAAGAAGUCCUGCUGCUAACAGUUAAACAGUAAACACACACACACACACACACACACACACACGGUACCACUACCCUUUACCAAGAUACACUGUGACAGUAUGACCACACACGUCAGUGAGGAGACAUUAUUUAAAAUGUCAGCACAACUGCUUCUCACUGCUUUUCGGCUUGAAGCAAUCUGCGUAUACACAGUGUCACAGUGUCAUAACAUUCUACACUGUAUGAUUUUCCUCAUAUAUAUAUUUUUGAUGAAGAUGUAGUAAAAUGAUAAUAAUAUUAAUAAUAAUGUUAGAAAUGUUCAAAAGUCCCCGUUGUGGGUUAGAUGUGAAAAAUAACUGAACAAAUUAGUUCCUUUGGAAUCAAACUAACGCGUUUUCCAAUUUUUUAAAAUAUGAGACAUACUGUGUGUCAUACUUUGGGCAUUUAACUGUUUGUGUUAAUAUAAUCAUGCGGCGUUAUGUGUCACAUUUUGUACACGAAAUCCAGUAUAUGACACAGUCACGUGAAACAAUUUCACUACCUUACUGAAGCUUUUGGCGUUCAGUUGUCGUUGCCACUAUGUCAGAGAGUUUUUUAUUUAAUUGUGUGGUUAUCUGGGAUAAGAUGUAGUGAUACUGCAGGAUAUUGUACAUGUGUCUCUUCACCUGGUGGCCGAACAUCACUAACUAUCAUACAGCACAGUUCAUAUGUAAUUUAGUGAAUAUAAAACAAAAGGAUUAUCUAGUUAACAUGAAAAUUGCCAAGUUCAAACAUUGUUUUUCUUUCAGGGCUGUUAUAUAUAUAUAUAAUGGCAUCAUGUUUCACAGGUGUUCAUGUUGUAAAUUGUAAAGUAAGUCGUGUAUAUUUUUCUGUUGUUGUGUUGUGUACUUUUGAACAGCUGGAAGACAGUACAGAUCUUUUUUUUCCUGAGAGGGAAAAAGAAGGAAAUCGAUUGCACAAAAUAUUUAUUGCGUAUCACCUCAAUCUGCCUCAGUGCCAAGUGUUUUAUUGAAAAUCAUGUGACAUGUUAAUUCGGUUGUGUUGUCAGUAUGAACUGUGAAGGUGACGCUGUAGAGCGUUUGGUAAAAAAAAUUAAAGAGUUAGAGUUUUAUUGUUUUCGAUAUUGCACUAUAAUCACCAAUAGUGCUUCACUACUGCUGGUGUCUUGCACAUCACUUUAAUGUAUAUAUAAGAUGUAAAUCGCUCAAAACAAAGAAUAAACAAUCAUGUGUU